CGCCAAUAUGACUCAAGACCUGAAAAAGUGGGCGCCCCUGGCGCCCUACGGCGCCCCCUCCCCCAAGAUGGAAUUGGCGCCCCAAAAUAUGACAGUCGUUGUUUCUUCUCAAUCUGUUAUCACUGUUUUCUAAUUUCUUCGUCCAUAUUUUUGUUUACUAUUACGCGAAACGCGAAUGCGUCUUGUCAGACGCCCUUUCAGCUUCAGCCAUCGCCUCAACUCCUAGCCAUACGAAUCAGUGAAGUACUAAAGUGCAGUUAUUUUUUCCUGUUUUUAUCGGCUCCCGAUGAUCUUGUCACUUUUCUUUCGUUUACCUUGAGACCAGUUUUUAUGAGCUAUCACAAGGAAUUGCUCUUAAUGUGUGUGUUGAAUUCGAGUCAAUGGAGAAGAACGAAAUGACUCCGAAACGGCGGAGACGUAGUCAUACUGAUCAGCUCCAACGCAAGAAUGUUAUUUGAUAACCAGCAUUUGCUUCAUAAGAAAUUCCGUUUUUAUUUCUGCCCACAGUCCAGUGAAGAUUCUUAAGAUGAGCUUUGGCAAGAAACUUGGGUGGCUUGGGCUUACAGCAGCUCUCUGCGUAUCCACGUUUGGAGCCUUCUACUGCUUUUUAGUCCUUUUAGGAGCUAUUCUUUUUGUUGUUGGUGCUCUUGGGAUGACUUAUAUAUUCGUAGAAGAAAAGAUGGACUCCUACUCAAAACGGCAAUAUAGUACCUCCUAUUCUUCUAAUGGUGCAUUGUUUCCAAUUGAAGGCUGUGAUCAAGAAUUAUUAGAAUCUUUCAAGAAAAAAUCACCCAGGCGAUCGAACAAACCAAUCACAGGGCAGUUUGUAAUUGACAAGGAACUAGAUGAUAUCAUCAGUCUUGUUAUGCGUGAUUAUGUCCAUUCAUGGUAUGAUAACAUUAGCACAGACUCAGAGUUCCCUGCAGCACUGCGUCUAUGUAUCAACAGGACUUUAACAAGAAUUGCCAGUCGAGUAAGUGAGAUCGAUUGGACACCGUACUUCACAGCUCGUCUUGUUGAUGAUGCUGCAUCUCACCUGCGACUUUUUCGUCAAGCCAGAACAAAAAUGAAAACAAAGUAUCAUGACACAUGUAAGUGUCCAGAGUUGGAGUCAAUUUUUUUUGAUCUUGAACUGAUGAUGGAACAGAACCAAGUUUGUCGGGAUCAUAUUUGUUUGGAUGAACAAAGUGAAAAAGGCUACCUACAACAGGUGUCUGAGAAAAUAUUAGAGCUGUUUGCUCCUGAAGAGGAUUAUAAUUGUCAGACCGUCAGGUUACUGACCCGAGAAAUUCUAGUCAAUGCUGUGUUAUUACCGUUAGUUUCAAAACUAUCUGACCCAGAUUUCAUCAAUCAAAUAGUUGUAUUUGUGUGCAAGCGGUUUCCUGUAUCUAGUGAUAAUUUUCUAACAAUUCUACGCACCACAGAUAACAUUGAUGAACUGCAUGCUACGAAAGAGAUGCUUACCAAGGAGAUUGCAGAUCUGAAAUCUUGCGAAGCUGAUGGAGAGGCUGGUUAUGUGUUGAGAAACGUAUUGAACAACUUGAUGUACAGAGAUCGCACUAUUGAUGAAAGAGUGUCUCAGUUACAGAAAGAGCAACUGUGCGUUCCAGAGUUACCCUCCUCACAUUCCGAGGUUCCAAAACUAAGUGCCAACCCACGGAUGUUUUCGUUACCAUUAGAUGUUAUUUUAAAAAAUAAUGUUGCGCUCACAUAUUUCAUCGACUACAUGUCAUCGAUUGGAGCAGGCUCUUAUCUUUUCUUCCUGUUAAACAUUGAAGGUUGGCGCACUUCGGCAGAGCAGCAGCUGUCCGACAUAAAACUUAUCAAGAUGGUGCAACUAAAUAAUGCUGAGAUUGGACAAGACUUGAGUGGCACAGAGGCAACAUCUGAUCUCAAAUCUGAGACCGUAUCACAAGAUGAAGAGCAAAUUUGCAAUCAUAUAAGAGAAGCUGCCUCCAGCAUAUUCACUCAGUUUCUCUCAGAAAGUGCAUCUACAAAAUUAAAGAUUGAUCCAGUCUUGGUAGAGCAGUUAUGGGCGAAGAUUUGCUCACAGCCACCAGACGAAACUUGGUUUGAUAAUGUGCAAGCAGCAAUCUUGAAAGAGCUACAAACUGAUGAAAAUUACCUGAAUGGUUUCCGUGGGAGUCAGUCAUACAUCAAACUCCUCUCAGACCUUGAGUUAUUCCAUCAUAAGGAAGAAGAUCUCCUUUCUUCAGAUUCCACCAGUCUUUCGGAUAAUACAAGUGUUGCCUCUUUGCCAUUUGAUUCCAUCAAAGAAUUUGGGCCAGAUGACUUCUUGAUGGUUCAGUCAGACGAUUCAUUGAGUACAAGUUCAGUUCCUUCUAGAAUCAAUCGUAGUGCAGAUUUUAUUUUACAAGCAGAAAUUGUGGAGACUGGUGUUGCACAAGGGAAAGGGAAAACGUUUGGUAUCUACGAUGUCUCUGUGGUGAAAUGUUACCAGACUAUUGGCGAGCAGGAAAAUUGGCACGUUUUCAGGAGAUACUCAGAUUUUUAUGAACUUCAUAAAAAAGUCACCAGCAAUUUCCAUGAUCUCGGAAAGUUAACAUUCCCCAGCAAAAAAGCAUUCCAUAACAUUGAUAGAUCGGUAUUAGAAAAACGUAUGAGAAUGUUGAAUAGCUAUUUGAAAAUCCUCUUACAACCCAAAUUGUUAGCAUCCAGACAGCAGCUGAAAGUACUUUUACUGGAAUUCUUUGAGCAAGGAGCCUAUGAUCGAAGAGUGACCGACAGUAAUCUAACUAGAACGUUGGACACUGUCAUGGUUCCGUUCAAAGAAUCAAUGAAAACAAUGGGUCAAGCUGUAAAAACAGUACCUGAUAAUUUGAUGGUCAGGGUGGAUGGUUUUGUCGACAAUAUUUCCCGAGUUUUUAGCACCAAUGGGCCGGAUGCAAAUUGUGAAGAAGCGACUAAAGUAGGAGCUCUCCUUGAUUUAGAGUCCGAUGAAAAUAUUCCACUGCGAAUACUACUCCUCCUCAUGACAGAAAUUUUUGAAUUAAAAUCACGAAAUCAAUGGUUGCGGCGUCGAUUUGUGAUUUUGUUGCGUCAGAUACUUCGAACAAUGCUGGGUGAUGUAGUGAAUAAGAAAAUUGUAGAUUUUGUUUCAACUUUAUUGGAUCCACAACAGAUUGCAGAGUACCUGAGGACAUUAAAAGAAUCGUGGUGGCCAAAUGACAAGAAACGACGACCUUCUCCUCCUAGAGAUGAUGCAGCCAAAAUGAGGACUCGAGUUUCAGCCAAAGCUGCUCUCCUCGCUAGUUUAUCAGAUGAGUUUAAACAUCUCCUUGGGAGCGAGACAUCUCGACAAGGAAUCAUGUUAGUUUUCUCAUCGUUUCAAGAACCUGUCCUUAAUCGGAGACUGGUUUAUGUCUUAUUGGAAGGGCUGCUUAUUACACUACUUCCUAGUAUGUCUGGCAUCUUCACUCAGAUCCAUGCCAGCUCUCCACGCGUCAUUAAAACGCAUAAAAUGAACAAAGUAUCAAGAUGACACGCGGAAGACUUAUGAACACCUCUUUCUUCUCGGUUAUAAACCCUUUGCAUUUAAAGCUUUUAUCUUUUGUCUGUGACCUGUUAUGCAUCUAAUAAAAUAUCUAUAUUUUUAUAUAAUUUUUAUCCAAAGAAGUCAGUGUAAGCUUUUACUCGGUGUACAUUUACCAUGUAUUUGAGUAUUCCAUGUAAGUGCACAAAUUUUAUCUUCUGAAGAAUCUUUUUAUUAUGCGUUUUAUGUACCCAUUGUUCACAGCUGGUAUGGAACUUUUUUUCAUCCUUCAAUCUCUUUUUCAUUCACUCUGCAUCAUUGAUAUUGUUUUUGCAUACACUGCUCAGUGACAUUCAAAUACUGCAGUGUCAAUGUAAUGAUGAGAACAUCCUAUUUUUUUCCCCAGUGAAUUGUUUUGUAAAAUUUUUGAAACUCUAUUGAUUUAUUUCACGACUGUCUUAGAAAAAGUACCAAAAUAGUCAAGAAUACCAUUGUACUCAUUUUUCUGAAACAACAUCAGUCUUUAAUCAGGUAGAUUUUUGACGUGUACUAAGAAUUUGGCAAAAAAUUACCUUUUCCUUCCGGCAUUUCAGUAAAUAUAGCUAAAUUUCUUUUGCCUUUAAGAUAAGUAUCGGGUAAUGGAAGUAACUUAAUAUACCAUUUAGAAUCCCCCCCCCCCAAUCAUACGAGAUAGUUUUCAAGGCAGUUUUUCAAAGGAGAACAAUGUUUUGUAUCAUUAAACGAAAAGAAAAGUUCUGCGGCAAGAUGAAUAGGCGAUUAACUCAUGAGAUUCGUUGUUAGGAUCUGAUGAAAGUUUCUCAUAGAUGGUGAAAGUAGGAAAAGUUGUUUCUGGAUUGUGGUGUUUCAACAUUUUUCUUGUACUUAAUUUUUUUGAAAUAGCUACCCACCCUUUAAUUAGACCGGUGGCAAUGUUGCAAUGGAUGUUUUUUUUUUUAAUACUGGUUCCUCAACAUUUUCACUCAGGAGAUGCACAGGAAUAUUUUCAGGAAGUGUGGGUAUAAUAUCUCCUUAAAUUCUUGUCAGGCGACAUUUGCAAGGGAUUUUGAUACAGUUUUGUCUGGGAAUAUUAAUGUCAUAUCACCUGGCAAUUGAUACUUUGUUGCCUAAAAACAUUGAAAUUGUUUUUUCCAAACAAUAGUGACUCAAAAAAAAAAGGUCAUGCGUUCGAAUGAAACUUAGUAAAAGUUAUCAUCUAGGUCAAGAAAAAGCACCAGGACUGUUUUUUGCUAAUAUCGACGUGAAACAUAGAUACAAUAUCCCCUGGCACCACUUUUUUUCAUGCCUCAUAAGUAAUUCAAUGUUCAGUCCAGUCUAGUGGCCAAUCUGUGCACCUUUAUGCACAUUUUAUUGUAAUUGAAUCGCCUUUUAUUGCAAUUUCCAGCCUGCUAACAUUGCAAAAAAUCGGUGUUGCAAAACUUGUGAUGAUCUACUGAUGGCAUCUCAACUUAUUGCAAUCUCUGCCACUUUGGUUGAUGUAUAUUUAUAUACCACCUGUAGUAGGUCACGUCAGGUGAAUUUUCGUGAUCUAAUAUGUUAAAAUUUUUUAAUCGGUAAAUUCUGAACAAUGCCAUUGUUUUGUGAAUAAUUCCUUUUAUCAGAGGCUAGUAUAAUUGAAAUGAAAUUCACGAGGAAUUGAAAUGGAGGAUAUAAUUUGAUCUAAGCAGAGUAGGCGGGAAAUGAAAUGGUAUUUCAUUUGGAACUAAAUUAUAUUAAAUCCAUGCAGAAAUGAGGAAGUUAUGUUUUUCCAUGCCUAUAGUCAUCCUUUAUUUCUCUGCGUUACCCUGAGCCUAUGUUUAAAAAAUAAAAUGUUGAUCAAUCAUAGGGAAUCGACAGAGUUGCUAUUGGAAUGAAAAAAUUAAACCUUAAAGAAGAUUUCACACCACCAUAGCUUACUAUAUUCUUCGUCAGAUUGAUCAGAUCUCGAAUUAAACAACAAGGAUGAAUCCAGACAUUAUUAUAAUUCAGUUCAACCGCUUUAAUCGAUGACAAGUCUUGAGUUGUAUAGUUAAAAUUCUGCAGUACUCACUAAUAGAUAAGUUUCAUCUAUCUGUGAUCUGAUUUUCAAAUUGAUAAAUUAAAAGAAGUUUGUUUAGACUGAAAUGCCGGCAAGAUUUACAGAGGCAAAAAAAGAUCAAGAGUAGUUAAAACAUUUCUUGAGCUUGCAAUAUUAGUUUGUAGAGUUGGAGAAAAAGUGAGAUUCAAGCACUCUUUAAAUCAAUCAUUGCCGUUUGUUGAAUAAUUUUGUUGUUAGUGCCAUGGUUUGUUUUAAGAUGUGCUACAAUGGAAUCAUGACUAUUGUAAUAAGUUAGGAGUUUUUAAGUGCAAUCAAUAGCACAAUUUUGUGUUCAAAACGAUGCAGAUCUAUACAGUUACGUAGUUUUUAGUUUUGCAUCAGUUAAAAAGUAACCUGCAAAUGCAAUAUUUCAGUAUUCUUUCAUGGUAUAUGUGAGUCUUGUAAUUGAUCAUUUUUUAAACAAAUUUUGUUAAGAAAAUAAAAGAAUGAAUUUUCAA